CAUCAAUCUAUCGCCAUCGGCGCUGGCCCAGACUUCUCCGUAUCGAAGCGCAAGAGACGAUACAAGCAGCAGGUGAAAUAGUUUAAGAAUCCAGCCUUCUGCUGCUGCCAUGAUUCUGUUACCUGAGCUGUCGUCCCGCCGGUUCUAAUUGGAAUUCCGAGGCUGCCUCCGCCGGAGGUUAUCUGGUCUAGUCUCCGCAGUCCGUUCCUCUCCGCAAUCAUGUAUCAUCUGGCCAAGUCCCUGUAUAUGUACGCUACUAGCAAGGAGGAAUACUCCGUACUCCUCCUUGGCCUCGAUAACGCCGGCAAAACUACCCUUCUGUCGCAAAUCAAAGCCCUCUAUCAACCCCGACCAGAUGGCGCCCCCGCCCCUAACCCCGGGAAAACCGUGCCCACCGUCGGCCAAAACGUCGCGACCAUAUCCUUACCGGACAUGUAUCUGAAGAUCUGGGAUGUGGGGGGACAAAUCUCCAUGCGGAACCUCUGGCAAAGCUACUACACCAGCUGCCAUGCCAUUAUCUUCGUCGUCGACAGUGCCGACGUCGGUCAAGACCCAGAUAUCACCCGGCUUCCGAGUCGACGACCUAGCUCUGCAUCCGGUCCGUCAGGAGGCCACCCAGGCGCAUUUACGGAGGAAAUGGUCGGGAUCAAUGCGCCUGGAAGCGAUUUCGGUCGCCUCGACGAGUGUCGGCAAGUGCUAGAAUCGGUUCUACAGCAUGCGGAUGUGGCGGGUGUACCGAUUCUCGUUCUCGCCAAUAAGCAAGAUCGGGAGGACUCGGUGGAGGUUGUUCGUAUCAAGGAGGGGUUUGUGCGCAAGGUCUUUGAGGGAGAGUCUGGGGCCGGGGUGAGGGAUAGUCGUGUGUUGCCGGUCAGCGCGUUGAUGGGGUCGGGCGUGCAAGAAGCGGUGGAAUGGGUGCAGACGCGAGUCAAGUGGAAUAAAGAGGGACGACCACCGUUAAUGAAGUGAUAGACUUGGGGAGCUGGAAUGGUCUGUUGCGAAGAAUUUCGAUUCUUUUCUUGUUCUUAUUCGUGUUAUUCGGGCUUGAGUUUGGCGUUAAGAGGUUAUGUGAUCGGGAAGAUACCUUAAUUGCAUUUGUUUGUUUUCAACUUGGCUCUUGUUCAAUUGGCUUUCGCUGUAACUGUUAUACCUAGCGCAUGUUGUACCCCAACCAUGUAGACAGCCAUAUCUACAUCCAGCAAUGACCACAGCAUAGUAG